AUGGCAGGAGAUCAACUAGACGUGCUAAACGCACUCGACGUUGCAAAAACGCAAUGGUACCAUUUCACAGCCAUCAUCAUCGCAGGAAUGGGAUUCUUCACCGACGCCUACGACCUUUUCUGCAUCUCUCUAGUCACAAAGCUUCUCGGCCGCAUCUACUACCACGUGGACGGCGAAUCAAAGCCAGGAAACCUACCACCAAACGUCUCAGCCGCGGUUAACGGCGUUGCGUUUGUUGGCACACUCACGGGCCAGCUUUUCUUCGGCUGGCUCGGUGACAAACUCGGUAGAAAAAAAGUUUACGGCAUGACUCUCGCCGUCAUGGUCGUAUGCUCCAUCGCUUCGGGUCUCUCCUUUGGUAGCACACCGAACUCGGUGAUGACUACUCUAUGUUUCUUCCGUUUCUGGCUAGGGUUUGGGAUUGGCGGGGACUAUCCUUUGUCCGCGACCAUUAUGUCUGAAUACGCUAAUAAAAAGACACGUGGCGCGUUUAUAGCAGCGGUUUUCGCUAUGCAAGGGUUUGGAAUCUUGACUGGAGGGAUAUUUGCGAUUAUUGUGUCUGCGGUUUUUGAUGCUCAGUUUCCUGCUCCGCCUUAUAAAGUGGAUGCCUUGGCUUCCACGGUACCUCAAGCUGAUUACGUGUGGAGGAUUAUACUAAUGGUUGGUGCCGUGCCUGCUGCGAUGACGUAUUACUCAAGGUCCAAGAUGCCCGAGACCGCGCGGUACACGGCCCUUGUGGCUAAAGACGCUGAGUUAGCUGCUUCAAACAUGUCUAAGGUUUUGCAAGUGGAGAUAGAAGCGGAGCAUGAGAGAGUAGAAGAGAUUGGGAGAGAUAGGUCAAAAUCUUUUGGCUUGUUCUCCAAGGAAUUCAUGAAACGUCAUGGUCUUCAUUUACUUGGAACCUCAAGCACAUGGUUUUUGUUAGACAUCGCCUUUUAUAGUCAGAACCUUUUUCAAAAAGAUAUUUUCAGCGCCAUUGGAUGGAUCCCACCGGCUCAGACCAUGAACGCAAUCCAAGAAGUUUUCAAGAUCGCGCGUGCGCAAACCCUAAUCGCCUUGUGCAGCACGGUACCUGGUUACUGGUUCACAGUUGCAUUUAUCGACAUCAUGGGUAGAUUUGCGAUACAGAUGAUGGGGUUCUUCUUCAUGACUGUCUUUAUGUUCGCUCUAGCCAUUCCUUAUGACCAUUGGACUCACAAGGAGAAUAGAAUCGGUUUCGUGGUUAUGUACUCGUUAACAUUCUUCUUCGCAAACUUUGGACCUAAUGCGACAACUUUUGUGGUGCCAGCUGAGAUCUUUCCGGCUAGGUUUAGGUCAACUUGUCAUGGAAUCUCCGCGGCUUCUGGAAAGUUAGGAGCAAUGGUUGGUGCGUUUGGGUUCUUGUACUUGGCGCAGAGUCCUGAUAAGAACAAGACAGAACAUGGAUAUCCUCCAGGGAUUGGUGUCAAGAACUCGCUCAUUGUGUUGGGUGUGGUUAAUCUUUUGGGGAUGUUUUUUACAUUGUUGGUUCCUGAAUCUAAAGGCAGGUCUUUGGAGGAAAUGUGUGGUGAGAACGAGGAAAAUGAUGAAGGCAGCAGUUUCAGCAACAACCGAAACAGCACGGUAUGA